AUGGCUGCCCCGCAGGUAUCUGCUGCGCAAGCCAUCGGCGAGUACCUCCAGUCUCCUGACGAUCUCCUGAAAAUCUCAGCAUUCCGGAAGAAAUUGGAGAAAGAGAAGGCCUCCAUUGAUGCCAGACUCAAAAGUGGUGUCAAGGAGCAGCUUGAUGCAACUCGGGAAGGACUCACGAAAUUGCUUGGGACGCGAAACAACGUUCAGGUCAUAAAGGAGGAGAUGCAGACUGUGGACAGGAUGUGCUCUGACCCUCAAAAUGUCGUGUCAACAUUCGACCAGAUCAGCAGGCUUGAGGUUGUACAGGUGUCGAUGGUUCACAGGAAUUUCGAACAGACGGAGGAGAUGGUCAACAAUCUACUGGAGAUUAACUCGAAGCUCGACGUACUAGAGGAAUUAUUGGAAGCGGAGAGCAGAACCAUCAUUGGGCCCGCUCCUAAUCUCCUUCCAAUCCACUUUCACAUCAACCGUCUGGAGGCAUUCCGGAAUCAGACCAUGCAUCAAGCAAAGAAAGCUUCUGCCAAUUCGCGCCACAAACUUGCGCGUAUGUUUGAGCGGUUAAACAAGCUCAUUGAAGAUUUCGAGGCAUACAUCAUGGAGUUAGCCCGCAACGUGCUGCCACUUGUUCGUGCAGGAUAUCCGGAAGUUGUGGUAAAGCUCAUAAAGAUCGCGGAGCUUGAGGCACGGGAAGACGAAAAGGCCAUUGCUAUUAGGCUCGUCAAAAAAGCUGCCAAGAUGGACGCAGCAUCUAAAUUCAAGUCCAUGCAGGCAAAUGCCCGUAUCAUCAAGCACUACCGCUCUAAAGCUACCAAAGCCAUAUCUGACUCCAUCAAGGCCAAUUUUGAUGACGCAUAUACGCGGCAUCAGCACGACCCUGGCGCCUUUCUUGGUGGCCUUUCUUGGAUAUACCAAGACCUCAUCCGGAUCGAAAGCGACGUGGUGCCAUGCUUUCCACCGAGCUACGAGAUACAUGCGUUCUAUAUCAAAGAGUACCAUCGUACUCUAAAUGCGACCCUUCAGCGCAUCAUUGAAUCGGAGCCCGAUGCGAGCAUCAUGCUCGACCUUCAUGCCUGGAUCAAGGAGUACAAGAAGAGCAUGAAAGAGUUGAAUAUAGCUCCGGAGCUCCUUGAUCCACCGCUGCUCGGCGGCGAGGAGCAGAACCUCAUCGAGGACUACCUGAAUUUGAUUGUCAAGAAGCUCGAUGAAUGGUCUGCGAACCUAAUGAAGACGGAGAUUCAGGAGUUCACUACGCGCUCGGAUCCACCCGAGGUGGACAGCGACGGACUCUAUGGCACGCAGGGCGCGGUUAUCCUGUUCCAGAUGGUGAACCAACAGAUCGACGCAGCGACAGAAAGUGGUCAAGGAGCUAUCCUUGCUCGUGUGGUGGGUGAGGUGAAUCGAGUAAUGAGGAGCAUACAGGAUCAAUGGACCAAAGUCGUUGAGGCAGAGCUGAAGAAGCAGACGGAGAAACCGGAGGAGGUCGUCGGGGGUCUGGCAGAGUAUUGCAUUGCACUUGCCAACGACCAAAUCAAGUCCGCCGACAACACCGAGGCGCUUUUGGGACGACUCGAACCCCUUGUAUCAGAGAAGUACCGAACGCCCAUUAGUGAGAAGCUCAAUGACGCCAUUGAUGGAAACUUGGAUGUUGCGAAGAAAUGCAUUCAGACGUUUAUUGAUAUUAUCCUCAACGACUUGAAGCCCGCGACUAAGCAACUUUUCCAGCCAACUUGGUACGACGGUGUCAUGGAACAGAUCGUGCUUACGAUGCGGGAUUACAUGGCCGAUCAAUCUUAUAUCAACCCAUCGCUCCUCGAGCUUCUUGUCGAGUAUCUGCUUGACGCCUUCUUGGUUACUUAUCUUACUGCACUCGCCAACUGCCCGAAAUUACGCAUACCGGCAGCAACGGAGCGCAUCAAAGAGGACAUCAGUACUGUGUUCUCCUUCUUCAGCGGGUUCAAACCCGCCAAAGAGCUCGAACCAUACUUCGAGGUGGUGGACCUGAUUUUAGCGAUGUUGGAAGCGUCUAAAAGCAUGGUUUUCCUGUCAUUUUGGGCCUUUGCGAAAGUGCACGGGCCAUGUAUACCGUUCGUGGAAGGACUGAUGAAAGUUCGAGGAGAUUUCGAUCGUUCUGCUGUCAGCGAAGUAAUGGAUAGCAUCAAGCGCAAAGUAAAAGAUGAUGGCCUAACUGAUCCUCCGGAACCGACGAUCAUGAAGAAGAUAACGGUUCAAAGCACACUAUCACGUUUCUUGCGGACAUGA